AUGACGGAACUCGUCGAGGAGCAGUUCCGCAACGAUCGGUGCGAGCACCUCGCUCGACCGCACCAGACCAAACGUAGUCUGCAAGCCGAGCUUGAGCGGAUGAAGGACGCCCAGCACCGACGGGAUACCAUACUCGGCGCGCUCGCGGAACCGGGCCAGUCACAGGAUGUCCUUCGUCGGCUGUGUGGCGGCGAGACGUUCGAGACGAUCUACGAGAGCCUCGACGCUCACGACCUAGUAUCCCCGGCUCCCACUCAAACACCCGACACCCAGAAUCAACCUCGGUCCGUCAAGGCGGAGGAAGCAUCUUGGACCCCGAAUCAGACACCCCUCUGCUCCCCGCCAAUCCUGGAUUACGCCUACUCGCACGGGUCGGAAGCCAGUCACAUUCGAAGCGCCAUCGGCCAGCAUGCAGUUCCGGCCGAGUCGAUGGGUGGUGGUGGUUCGGAUGGAUCGUCGCCGCAUUUCAACGUCUUCAUGCCCAACAACAUGGCCCUCCCGGAUCACAUGAAUGAGUAUGGUGCCAUGGACAGUAACAACAACAACAACAACAACAACAACAACAACAACAACAACAACAACAACAACAACAACAACAACAACAACAACAACAACAACAACAACAACAACAACAACAACAACAACAACAACAACAACAACAACACAGCCAUGAUGCCGUACGGUGGAUUCAUGGACUGCAACGCUUGGAUAUUCGAUCCCAAUGUCAGUUACACCGAUCAACCUUACACUAUCGCCGCCGCCGCCGACGGCAACGUCAUGGAUCUAUAUCCGUGGCAGACAGGCAUUCCUACCCCUACAUUACCAACCAACGACGAAGACGUUCCUUCAGCCACAGACCAUAGCGGCUGGCCGUUUCCUCCCUUCGUGGUGCCUCAGAUCCCGAGCCCGGGUCAAGCCAGCUUCCUGCAACCGUUGACGCCCUCGUCCCCGAAGAACCGCUCGUUUUUGGCAUCUCCUGCCACUUCACGCGAGCAGACGCACAGCAGCCAGGGCUCAAGCGUCGCCAGCGUCGGUGAAAGCCGGUACCCGACGCCGCCGCCGCCGCCGCCGCCGCCGCCCCCAAAGAGGCGGAAAUACGACACCCAGGCCAACAACAAACCCGCCUCCUCGGCCAUCCCAGUCACCGUGGCCGUCGCCAGCGUCAGCACCGACUUCAAGACUGUCGAGAGUGCCCCAGCCGACGAGAAGAAAGCCCGGGUCCAGUCCCCGGAGGGGCAGACGCCGCAGCCGCACGACCGCGAGCGUCACAGACGAGCCUCGGCGCGCAACUGGCAGAAGCAGAAGCAGCAGAGCGCCGAGCUCGAGGCGGCGAUGCGCGUCGCCGAGGACCGCAACCGCAUGCUCCACCGGGAGUUCGCCGAGAUCGCGAGCCAGGUCAUGGACGCCAAGAACGCGCUCAUAGCGCACGCCCAGUGCAACCACCCGGCCAUCAACAGCUGGCUGCGCUGCCACGCGACCGACUAUGUCCUCAACAAGGGCGCCGCGGCGGAUAGAAAGCGAAAUGAGCCAACAGGUUGA